AUGGAUUCUAGACUAGCGUGUGUGCUGUGUUUGGUCUGCUACAUACAGGUCUCCUUUGCCCAGCGAUUUUUGAUACGGAAUCCGGAGGCCCGUUUUGAUCCCCGUUGGAGCCGUCCAGCCAUCUCUUCAAGUCAGGGCGAGUGGGGUGACCCGUUCCCAGGCUUACGUAGCGGUCCGAGCAGGGAAGACAGACAAAUUAUGCGGGUCCAUGAUAUUGGAUUACUUGGGGACAGACUGACGAGUAGAAACCGACACUCCGGAAUGGGAAGUAGGACACGGAGUCGUGGAUCACAUAUUGCAAUAGAGAUUGACUCAAGGGGACGUACAAGCUCGCGCGGUAGAACUAGAUUUAUUGAUUCCGGAUUUCUCGGAGACUCCCGCAGAUUCAGAAGUUCCCAUGGUUCCUCGUCUACAAGAUCGUCCUUUGACUCUUUCAACUCCAGAAACUCUCCGGACAUCAUAAUGAUCAGUUCUCGUCUGCCUUCUUCAGACAGACGUAUAACAGACAACGGAGGACAGUUUGCCGAUGUUGGGAUUCAAAGUUCAUCACAGCCCGUCAUCAUUCGAUCACGUGACCAGGUGCUGUCUCGAUCUGAUUUUAUACGCAGUUCCCGACCUCCGCAUGAUACUCGUGUAAAAGUUGAACCUGUUGUUUCUUCUUCACAAAGCACAGUCCCAAGUGGAUCUUGGCAGGAAAUGAAUGUUCCGCAACUACAGACGGGUGUCGAUUCAUUUAAUAACAACCAGCCGCAAACCACUACCAUUAUAAACAAUACAAACGCGCCUACAAACACUGGUACACGAUCACCGGAUAUACUUAUCCAAACAUCUGCGCAUGUCAGUCCAGGCGGAAGUAAUUCCUUGGUUAGUCAGAGUACUACAAGUACGAAUGUCACAAACAAGGGAACACUCUCAAAUACUCAUACAGUAAGUGCGCAUGCGCCAGCAAGUUCUUCCCUCCAAAAUGUUCUGAUGUCUCUCGUAGGCUCAAUCGACCUGAACCAUCAUCGACUACCCCGACCAACAGAGGAACCACUGGAACUCGAGGAGAUACUAAUGCGUAAACUUAUGGCGAGGGUGUGA